UGUGUGUGUGUGUGGGGGGGGUGUUUCGCCACGCCGCACUAGCCUGGAAACUACUCUCUCGAGCGGCCCGAGCUGCAGCAUUUGUUGGUAGAGGAAACAAUCCCGCGGCCGGUCGCGAGCGUCUUAGCAGGGUCUGCCUGUUGCCCGGAGCUCAAGAGGCAGGAAGUCAUCCUGCGGGAGGCACACGCGGAGAGAAGCGGCGAUCGCUCGCUGGCGGACCAGGGCGUGACUCUUCUGCAGCUAGAGGACUGUUCUUUGGUGGUUAGGACUGCAUCUCCAGAGGUCCCCUGCUGCGAGGACUGGCUGGCAUAGGUGGUGAAUGAGUUGCGUAUUUUCCACUACCCACUCUGGCGCCUCAUUUUUGUUCAGGGAGAGAGAUGUGGCCUCUGCUGGGAAAAUGACUGACUUCAGAGUUGGGAGGUGUUUGUUCCUUUGUAGGUUCCUGUUGAAAUCUGUAGGUAGCUGUUCGCUUUGAAUGUAAUUAAGAAAGAGGACGAAAACUAUCCAUUUGGAUCCAAGGUCUGCCUGUGAUUUCAGCUGUAGGGCUUAUCAACACUGGAAGCAAGGAAGGAGGAGGAAAUUGCACCAGAUCAGUCAGGUCCAUCUCCAGCGGUGGCUGUGGAGGCCUUGGAGUGGCGGAAGAUUACCACUCUCAACAGAUCUGCUCUCAGGACCCAUCACCUUCCCUCGGCCUGAGUGCCUCUGCCCUCUGUCCGUAUCAGUGACAGAGGCUGUGUGUUUGGCAAGGGGACUGCAUGCCUGCUGAACCGACAGUUGACUCUAACUCUUGCUACAAAGUUUCUCUCUGACCCAGUGAAAGAGUGUCAAGACAUCUGCCUGGGACAGGUUGAGAGCCAAGGCCAAGACUGUAUAGGGCUACCUAUAUAACUGGGCUUCAGCCAUGACUCGGAGUAGAAAUAAGGCCAAAACUGCAAAAAAGGCUGGUGUAGAAGCCGAAGCAAAGAGAGAGGCUGCUGGUGUAGUCAGGCCUGGAGCCAAGACCCCGGGCAAAGCAGGAGCCAAGGCAGGGUCUCAGGCAGAUUCAGUGGCAGAGACGAAGGCAGUGUCUAAGAACAAGGUUGUAAUUGAGAUGAAAGAAGGAUCCCUGGCAAAUUUCAGUCCCAAAGCUGAAGAUGCGGCCACUGGAGUAUCUCGGUUUCGUUGUGUGGCUGAGGCUAGUGUAGAGUCCAGGUCCAUGCGUAAAGAUAAGGCUGGUAUUGGUGCCUGCUCCUGGGCUGGGGAGGAGACCAGUGUUGGUUCCGGGUUCUGGACUGGAGAAGAGACUGGUAAUCGUUCCAGGGCUAAGGAUGAAGAGAGAGCUGAUCCUGGUCCCCCGUCCUGUGCUGGGAAGCUGGAGCCUGUGGUGGCCGGGGCUAGCUGCAAGGCUAGGCCAGGGGCUGAGGAGGAGGAGGAAGAGAACGUUAUCGGGAACUGGUUUUGGGAUGGAGACGAAACUAGUUUUGACCCUAAUCCGAGACCCGUGAGUAAGAUAGUUAGGCCCCAGCCUGUGGAUGAAAUUAAUGAAAAGAAUAGGCCCAAGGACUGGUCUGAGGUCACUAUCUGGCCCAAAGCCCCUGCUGUAACCCCAGCAGUGUUAGGAUUUAGAUCCCAAGUCCCGUCUGAGACAAGGCCUCCUUCAUAUAUUGUCCUGGCCUCAGCUGAGGAGAAUGCUCAUUCUUUGCCUGUGGCAGCAGUGUGCUCUUCCAUGAGCACUCCUCCAUGCUCACAGCCUAUCCCUGAGUGCCCAUUUGGUUCUGACCCUUGCAUUCAGACCAUAGAGGAGAUUAGACGCCAAAUCAGGUUCAGGGAGGCGAAUGGGAUUAAGCCAUUUGCUUGCCCUUGCAAAAUGGAAUGCUACAUGAAUUCUGAGGAAUUUGAAAAACUUGUUACCUUACUUAAGUCAACUACUGAUCCUCUCAUUCAUAAAAUAGCUCAAAUUGCAAUGGGGGUCAUUCAUGUUCAUCCAUUUGCCCAAGAGUUCAUCAAUGAGGUGGGUGUGGUGACGCUUAUUGAAAGCUUGCUCAGUUUUCCUUCCUCUGAAAUGAGGAAAAAGGCCGUAAUUACUCUGAAUCCCCCUUCUGGGGAUGAAAGACAGCGCAAGGUUGAAUUACACGUCAAGCAUAUGUGUGAGGAAACGGCGUGUUUUCCCUUGAACUCACCCGGACAGCAGUCUGGAUUAAAGAUACUAGGGCAACUGACUGCUGACUCUAACCAUCACCGUAUUGUUGCCAGUUACUUUUCAGAGCUCUUUCGUGUGCUGUCCCUGGGAAAUCGUAAAACCAGAAAUCUUGUUCUGAAAGUACUGUUGAAUUUGUCUGAGAACCCAGCUGCAGCCAGAGACAUGAUCAAUACAGAGGCAUUAGCAGCAUUAAAACUCAUCUUCAACCAGAAAGAAGCAAAGGCCAAUCUGGUUAGUGCCGUGGCCAUAUUUAUUAACAUAAAAGAGCAUAUCAGAAAGGGCUCGAUUGUAGUUGUCGAUCACUUGAGUUAUAACACACUCAUGGCCAUCUUCCGUGAAGUUAAAGUGAUUAUUGAGACAAUGUAAAAUGAGCCA